AAUUGGGUCGAUUAUGUCAUGGCGGGGUAGAUGUUUUCGGCAAUUGAUAUCUCGGUAUUAAUAUUAAAUUACGCCGUCAAUGAAAUCGUCUCGACAGAAAUUGUUUAAAAAUAAGGAUAUUUGUGUGUUAGUGAUCUCUUUUUAAACAAUUCCAAUGCUGAAAAGGUUGCAAAUGGGCCUUCGCGCGUUCAUGCUAGUAGCAUCAAAAGUAUGGAGUUGUAUUUGUUAUAUGUUUAAGAAGCAAUAUCGUGCGUUGGCACAAUACCAAUCAGUGAAGUAUGAAAUCUACCCACUUUCCCCAGUAUCUAGACACAGGCUGAGUCUAGUUAGAAGAAAAAUCCUGGUUUUAGAUUUAGAUGAGACAUUAAUCCAUUCGCAUCAUGAUGCGAUGGUCAGGCCCACUGUUAAGCCGGGUACGCCUCCGGACUUUGUCCUGAAAGUCACUAUCGACAAACAUCCAGUUAGAUUUUUUGUUCAUAAGAGGCCGCAUGUAGACUACUUUUUGGAUAUAGUUUCACAGUGGUAUGAGUUGGUUGUGUUUACUGCAUCUAUGGAGAUUUACGGCGCCGCUGUGGCUGACAAACUAGAUAAUGGACGAGGUAUCCUGAGGAGACGCUUUUACAGGCAACACUGUACAGCAGAACAUGGGUCGUCAUAUACUAAAAAUCUGUCAUCAAUAUGUGACGAUCUGAACAGAGUGUUCAUACUGGACAAUUCACCUGGAGCUUACCGAGAUUUCCCGGAUAACGCGAUUCCAAUAAAAUCGUGGUUCUGCGAUCCGCUGGACGUGUCCCUGCUGUCGCUGCUGCCCGUGCUCGACGCGCUGCGCUUCACGCACGACGUGCGCUCCGUGCUCUCGCGCAACCUGCACCUGCACAGGCUCUGGGACCCACCGGCUUUUGUACAAAUGAAGGGCGUCGCCGGCACGCCGCAGUCUAUUUAUUUCCCACUCGUUAGGACGUUCAACGCUUUUCAAAAUAUAGAUAAUAAUUAUUAUACUUAAAGAAAAAAAUAGUUCUCUUUUUAUAAGUUUUGUUUAAAAAAAACAUUGUGAAUAUACUUUUACAUAUUACGUGUGCUACCUACGUGCGUAGGAGGGCGUUUUUGAAACGCGAUUAGUGUUUUUAUUUAAUUAAUAAUAUCCUACUAUAGUAGUGAAACGUCAAGAUAAAGGUGGGGCCCCACUUCGAGCGGGUUUUCGUGUCUGUGAUUAGACGGCAAGUUUGAAUGGAGCCCGAUUUCUAUCUUAAAUGUUUACCAUGACAAUAAAACUACCAGUACCUUUUUCUUUCAUUUUUAGUUUAAAAAAAAUGGGAGAUCCCUGUGCCUAAACGUCGACACUUCAACUUGUACUUAUGAAAAUGGUCUUUAAUAGUACAAAAUGUUUUAAAAUACGUGUUUCAAACUAUAAUGUAUUUCACUUUUCUUAAGAAAUUAUGAAUAAAAAUCAUAAAAAAAUAUGGAUGUUCCGUUUGUGCUAGUUAAAAACCUGUAUUUUUAGAUUAUUCUUUUUUUUGUAAUAUAAGUAGUUAGAAUAAUUGAAUUUAGUUUUCUUUUUUCAAGUACUUUAAGGUUCCUUUGUGCAUUUAUUUUGGAUUGCGCUGACAGUGGGGCCGCACCUUUCAAAUGAAAUAAUCUGUAAAAAAUUUUAAAUCAGGAACGAAUUUUCUUUGUAAAUAUCUUAAUCACUAUAAAUCUUUUGAAGAAGCAACCCCAAUUUUCAUCAACAACAUUGUAUGGGAACUUAUGUAACGCGCAAUGGUUAUUUUUCAUUCUCAAAAAAAAAAACCGGUAA